AUGGAUUUAAAUAAAAAAACACGUCACCAUUUAAACGAACAAAUUAAAUUGAGUUCAAUAAACCGGAAAUACGUGACUGACAGACUGAGGCACGAUUGGCGGGUCAUAAAAAAUGUAGUAUUUGACUCGGAUUCCGUACACCGACGGAGACACCUCCCCCGACGGUGUCGUCAUGUUCAUUUCUUGAAGCAAACGACGACUUCACCAAUCAACCCAAAUCCCAACAAAUCCAUUUACUUAAUUAUUGUUGCUUCAGAUCUCUCCUUCUUCGCUGCGAUUAAUUUAUACUAG